AUGGCGUCUCCACGCCACACGCGCCCCCCGCACACACGCGCAUCCUCCGUAGCGCGCAGUCUGGCCAACGCCGCCGCAGCACUUCGUGCGCAGGAGUGGCGUGGCGUCGGAAGCUCCAACACGGACGUUAACACACUCCCGAGCUCGACGUUUACUCGGCGUCAAAUACCGCGUUACGAGAACGACAUCGCAACGUCCUACACUGCGCGCUACAGCGACCAGGAAGAGCAGAGCGCAGUCGAUUACGACCGUGCUGCCUUCUACGAAGAGCUACGCGAGCGCCACCGCAACUUAAUGGAAAGACAGCGCCUCGCACGCGAGUUUUUCACGCAAAAUCUGCAGCCAAACCGGCAAAGACCAUGGGGAGAAGAGCACGCGACUAGCGAGACGUUAGACGGGCACAACGCGAGCAAGAGACAGCGAGUUGUGUCCGACAGGACUCCACAGCGUCGGCACCAGCCGCCGCUGUCCGUAGAAACUCAUUCUCGGUCCUCGUCUUACCCUCCGCCUCGAGUCUCGGACGAGUCGGGCGCAGACAGGACUCUGCCAGCAGCGCAGCAGACACCAGACACGACGUCGUCAAUGCCUGCUCCGGUAGAGCCGCGGACGAGGAGGAACUCGCCUUCUAUGGCAACGGAAACGGAAGAGUCUAGAGAACCGGAGGACAGCCACGUCCCGUCCGUCAUCGAAGACGCCGAGAACGAGGCUCAGAACCAAGUUGUGGUCGUGGAGGACGACGCGUCGGCACAGAAGGCGCAGAAAAAGCGCGUGCGAUAUCUGCGUGAUACCGACCGACGCAACAUUAUCAAACGCAUCGAAAACGGGGAGAAACAAGCAGCUUUGGCGCGAGAGUUUGGCGUGACGAGGGCGGCUAUUUGCCACAUCAAGAAGAAUCGAUUCGAGAUCCUCUCGCGCUACAAUUCACUGGUGCAAUCUGCCCAGGAAAUUGAUCGUGCCGAUAAUUUUAUCGCGCCACCAGAUGUCGAGAUGAGGGUGCAUCAAGUGCGUGCCAAGUCGGUGCUGCUACUGAUGACUAUGCUACGGGACAAGCGGUCGAAUGGCGCCACUUUUCGUCGCGUGGCAGGUCGAUUGAUCAUGAUCUUAUUGGAGGAAACCUUAGGACUGCUAGGCACUGGCAGUGUGGAGGUGGUCACAGGCACUGGCCAUCUGUACCGGGGUCUGGGACUGAAACACCAAUUUUGUGGUGUGGCGAUCGGUACAGAAGGCUUCCCGUUCCUCGUACUCUUCCACCAAAUGGAACCAGAAGCCCCUCAAGGUUCGAUUCAUGUUCAAGUGGAGACAGAUCGACAGGGCAAGCGUGUUUGGCGCUUGGAUCACAUGGACCUACCGGCCAACAUCGUCCAGCAUAAAGUGCUGCUGUUCUCCUCUACAUGUAGCACGGGCAAUGCAGAAUGCAAGGCCAUCGAGGCUUUGUGUAGUGUCGGCUGCGACGAGCGCAGCAUCUCGCUGGUUGUGAUUCUAGUGGCUUCGGACGGGAUCGUCAGCAUCAGCAGCCGUUACCCACAGGUGAAGAUUAUCACGGGUGCGAUCGAUGGCGCAGUAGACCCACACUCAGACAGCAUUGUCCCCGGGUUUGGUGACUUUGUUUCGCGCUACAACGGGUCAUGA